AGCCAGCAGUAUGUUAUUUCAUGUUUAGAACUUUAUAAACUUGUAUAAACCUUAAUGCAGUGUAAAGAUGUAUAUAUAAAUGUUCAAAAGUAGUUUUUCAUAGUUUGUUUAGACCACUUGAACAUAAUGCACAAUCUGAUGGAUGCCUUUUAAGAACAUAUGACAUUGCCUGAAAUAGGCAAAAUCUCAUUUUAAAAUACAUUUAAAUGCAUGAUGGUGCAUUAUUGCCCUUUCAAAGUAACUGCUAGUUUCUUGUGGUAUGAAGUUCCUCUCACAUGCCAUCCUGGUUUUACAAUAAAAACUACUUGUAACACGACUUAAUGUUGAUAUUCACUUAAGGAUGAUUGCUUUUGACUGUGAAAUUUUAAGCAGUAUAUGUUAUUGGUCAUCCUCAAUCAAUUUUCAGUUUUGUGGUUAGUUUUGAUUGCUUCAUAACUUUACCAAGUUUGUUUGUAUGCAGGCUUCAUUUACUGUACACUAACAAAGAUUAUGUGGCAUAGGUGGAGACCAAGUGAAAAUAUCACAUUAGAGUCCAGCAUGCCUUUUGGAAAGUAGAGAAUACUGUAAAAAUCAGAAUAAAAGACUUGAAUUCAUCUCCUCACUGUAAAACAGUAGUGCAAGUUCCCAAAGGAGCGAGAUGGGUUUUUUUUGUUUUUUUUUUGCUAAAUUUGCAGGCUGCUCGUUUACUGAAUAAUUUCACUUUAUAAAAAGUGAUAUGACAUUAUUCAAUGUGUAGGAAAAAAAAAGUAUUCAAAAGUAAGACUGGCUCAUUCAUACCGUCUCUAUUUUCUUGUUAGCUUUACAGAUUCCAGACUUUGGAAAUUUACUAUAAUCAUUUUUAAUUCAGAGAAAACCUAGCUUGCUGAAACACUUUAUUGUGGCAAUCUUUAAACUUGGGUGAUCUUUUACAAGCAUAUAUGUUUAGAGAUGUUUUUAGUUCUGCAUUUAUUCUACAGAGGAAUUAGCUACUGAAGGUAGACCUGCUAGCAUUAUGAAUUAUGUAAUCAAUCUUUAAGUUUUAGUUUCAGGAACACUUCUGUUUUGGUUGUUCUCACAUGUGAUACUACUUCUUUGAGAGGCAGCAGUAGCUUCAGUGUGCAGCCUCUGGCAGGUUUUUGAUUCCUUAAAUUUUAGUAUGCUGUAAACAUUUCACAAAAUCUAGUUUUCUGUUCUUGGAAAUUUGCCUUUUUGAGAACAUUCCAAAUUUAUUCUGCUUGUAUGAAGUAUAGAUUUGCCCACCUGGCCAGAUUCUUUUGAAGUGUGCCUUAUCAUAGUAUUAAAUUCCAAUGUUUUUAAUUUUCCAUGAACAGAUUGAUGAUUCUGCUGCUUCUAUUUCUCUGGCCCAGCUAACAAAGGUAUACCUCUCUUGUUUUUUCUGCACAUUUUGUUUCACUCUUAAAGUACAUUAAUGUAUUUUAAACCUGUUAUACUUGAAUCAAGCUUGUGUUUCUGCUCAUGUUUUUUCUUUUUCUGUAAUGUCCCAAAACCUGAAUUUUUUCUGCUCAGAACGUGCUGAUGUUAUUUGUGAAAUGCUUGGCGAUGAGAACAGUACGCAUGGAAAAUCCUGUAAAGAGUUUGUGCCAUUGUAAUGACAGAAGGGGAGUACCUUAAGAGCCUCACUGUGGUAAUGCAAUGCGUUUGUGCCAUCAAGACUCCAUGAAGAAGCCCACUUACACCUCCGGGACGUAACGGUGCCCUCGUUCCGCAGCCCGUUGCUUUUUGUGUUGCCCUGGUUUUUUGUUUCGCUAUUUUUUUAUAUAUAUAUUUUUUAUAUGAAGAACCAGCAGUGCAUUUGUUCCCUUGCCCUGGCUUUUUUCGUAUGGACUUACUACCUUUUAAAGCUGACAAGUUUUGCCUUUUGUAUGCAAUUUGCAAAAUCAAUGGACUGAACCCUGUAUCUGAGUUCUCUGUUAAGCCAUGUAAUUGUGUAUCUCAUGUGGCACUAAAGAAGUAAUCUUAAAUGUAUGCUGAUGGUUUGUUUGCACACCAGCUUUGUAGCUGAAUGAGAAGUCCUCAAAGUAACCCUGCAGUCUCAAUUACAAUUUUAGCCAAUGGUUUCAUGACUUGUUCUUAACUUCUAAACAAAAAAGGAAUUUUGUUUCCCAGGUAUGCAUUUAACUGGAAUUGUGUGCAUUAUUUAAUCUCCAUCUAUUCUGUAAAACUGUACUGAUUUGCACCUUUUUGCCAGUUUAAGUGAAACUUUUGGCUAUUGUAUGGUUUCUUGUGUGUGCAAACAGAUCAAAUGCAUUAUGCUUGUAGUCCAUUAUUCUGACUGUUAACUGCUUGAAGAAUGUUUUAAGUGGAGCUUAAUAAGGUUUUCAUUUUAUCUGGAUACCCAUUUGUAAGUGGUACAGCUUUUUCCUUCUGUGAUCAUGAUAUAUAUUAGGUCCACUAAUAAACAGUUGAAACAGGCUGUGUGUUCAAUGAGUGAGUGUGACGCUGAGUUUGUGUGGCGUCCGGAGCCAGUCCUUCUGGCUUUUUUUACUCUUAGACCCUGGACAUAGCUGUUCAUCUUUCAAAACCUUGUGUGACUCCUUGAAUGGACUGUGCUGCAGUUUUCCUGGCCCUUGAAGACCUCUGGUUUUUAGGCCUGUAAAAUUUAAAGUAUUUGGUAAGAUUUCUUUCUGAAUUUUUAUAUCUCAGUGCUUUUGGCCAGUCUUUGCAUGCUUUAUGCCCAAAAGUCUGAUUAUUUCAAGAUUAACUUUACUUUAUAGUUUCAACCAUUGGGAGGUCCUUUGCUGCUUCACACACACCACUCAGAUCAAAGCAGGUAUGGUCAGGGCCUAACUGAUGUUAUUGAUUUGUAUGAACAUGCAGCACUCUGCAGCAAUCCCAUUGCAUCUCACACAAGGUGGAAGGCUAAAGGAACUCCCCGGUCUCCUCUGCUCGGGCAGCACACCCCGCUGCACAACAUCCAGGCCGUGGGAAGAGGCGCUUUGCGACUCUUUACAGGAUGUGUUGUGUGCACUCUUCUGUUGCUUGUAUGGUACCUUUGUAGCAAUUAUUCCUAAUGUGUUGCCUGUUGAACAGACUGCCAAUCUGGCUGAAGCAAAUGCAUCUGAGGAAGAUAAAAUCAGAGCUGUGAUGUCACAAUCAGUUUUUGAUUACGACCCCAUACAUUACUUGAAGAAACCUCUGGGACCACCACCUCCAACUUACACCUGUUUUCGCUGUCGUAAAUCAGGACACUACAUUAAAAAUUGUCCAACUAAUGGGGACAAAAAUUUUGAAGCUGUACCAAGGAUUAAAAAGAGUACUGGUAUCCCCAGAAGUUUUAUGGUGGAAGUUGAUGAUCCCAACAUGAAAGGGGCAAUGCUUACCAACACAGGAACAUUUGCAAUUCCUACUAUUGAUGCGGAGGCCUAUAAAAUUGGAAAGAAGGAGAAACCACCAUUUUUGCCACAGGAGCAGUCUUCGUCAUCAGAGGAAGAGGAUCCCAUACCAGAUGAGUUACUCUGUCUAAUCUGCAAGGACAUCAUGACAGAUGCAGUUGUCAUCCCCUGUUGUGGGAAUAGCUACUGUGAUGAAUGUAUUCGAUCAUUCCUACUAGAAUCAGAUGAACAUAUUUGUCCUACCUGUCACCAGUCUGAUGUUUCUCCAGAUGCCUUGAUUGCAAACAAAUUCUUACGUCAGGCUGUUAACAAUUUUAAAAACGAAACUGGAUACACCAAAAGAAUUCGUAAGGGGCAAAGCUGUCAAACUGGACAAGUUCAGAACCAGGUUAGACAACAGCCACAGCGUCCAAUGCAGAGCCGUGGAAACUCCAGGCAGCAGGAUCCACUAAUUUCUAAUGCUCCAGCUACUGAUGUUGCUUCAUCUACUGCUCAGCCUCAAGUUGUUCAACAAACGCCUGUUUUACCUUCUACGCUUCCAUCAGCUUCACCUUCUCUACAGGUGAAUGUAGAAUCCAGUAGCCCUCCUCCUGAUGUGUCAUCUUCUGUCCCCUCACCUCAACCUACAGUUAAGCAAGAAGAUCCACCCCCCACCUCAGCUCCAGUAAAAGAUCAAGAUAAAUCUGCACUGAGCAAUGCUCCACCUGUAACUGCUUCUGUAGACACAUCUGUCACCACUGUCUCAUUGCCAAAGCAGGGAUAUCAAGUACCAGUGCUUGGUCAGCCACUUCCUCAUGGCCACUGCAUCCCUACCACAGGGCAGCCAAUUAGGUCUAGCUCUGCUCGUCCUGGAACAAGUCGCCAGGCCUGGGAAACAUCGGCUAGCAGAGGAAGACCACCUAGUGAAAGACCCUCAAGAGCACAGGCUGUUACCUUACCCAGCAAUGCCCCAGUGUAUGCACCUCCCCCAUCACUCUUUCCUCCUCCUCCACCACAUUCGCUGCCUUUGGCCACAGGGGUGCCCCCUCCUCAGUUUUCACCACAGUUUCCUCCAGGGCAACCACCAAAUAGUGGGUACAGUGUUCCCCCCCCUGGCUUCCCUCCAGCACCAGCAACAGUCAACACCCCUUGGGUACCUCCUGGAACAAAUGCACCAUUGGGUAACACCAUUCCCUCAAUCACACAGGCACCCCCUCUCUCCAGGGAAGAAUUUUACAGACAGCAGCGGCGGUUAAAGGAGGAGGAGAAGAAAUCCAAACUUGAUGAGUUCACCAAUGACUUUGCCAAAGAGUUGCUAGAGUACCGAAAGAUCCAAAAAGAGAGACGGCGCUCAUAUUCCAGGUCUAAGUCAUCUUAUAGUGGCUCUUCCUUCAGUGGAAGCUCCUACACCUAUUCGAAGUCCAGGUCUCGCUCCUCUCGCUCCUAUUCCAGAUCUGUGAGUCGCUCGCAUUCACGGUCUUACUCCAGAUCUCCAGUCUAUCCCAGAAGAGGAGGGGGAGGAAGGAGUCGAAGUUACCGUUCUCGAUCACGUUCCCAUGGGUACCACCGCUCCCGCUCCAGGUCUCCAGCCUACAGGGGAGGAGGAGGAGGAGGAGGAGGUGGCGGCGGAGGAGGAGGGGGAGGGGGUGGAGGUGGUGGGGGAUAUCGUUCACGAUCGCGAUCCCCUACUUACCGGACUCAUUCUCCCAAUAAACGGCCUGUGCCUCCACCCCAGCCUGAAGGAGAAAGAGAGUAUUACAACAGGUACCGAGAGGCUCCACCCUAUGAUUUGAAAGCCUACUAUGGCCGUUCUGUGGACCAGAGGGACCCCUAUGAGAGAGAGAGGUAUAGGGAAUGGGAGCGGAAGUACAGAGAAUGGUAUGAAAAGUACUACAAGUCCUACAGUGCCCACAGUGCAGGCAAUCCACCUCGGCAAAGACCCCCUCCUUCCAACAGAGAGCACUUUACCCCUGAGCGCUUUGCACCACUUGGGCCAAGACGUGAUAAUUCUCCAUAUGGUAGAGGACGUAAAGAUGACUAUCCACCUAUUGGGUUGGGCCAGAGGGUCCAUAAUAUUCCUGCUGCUUACCCUGAACGGUUUAUGUUAAAGGAAAGCCAUGGCUGUGGCAAGGAGCUGAGCAAAACCUCAAAGGAGAAAGAGGCAGAAAAUCUUCCUGUGGAUGCAAAGAGUUCAAAACACAAGAAACACAGGAAGAGGAGAAAAGGUGAUGAAAGCGAGUUAUUUGGAACAGCACCCCAAGAACUGCCACGCAAGCCUGUAGCUGGAGACGACGUCAAGGGAGAAUCUCUUCUCCUUUCCCUGAGUCGAGAUGAUGCCACCCCUGUUCGAGAUGAGCCAAUGGACAGCACCUCCAUUUCAUAUAAAGCAGUAGCCGAGAGAGACAAAAAAGAAAAGGUCAAAGCCAAAGUGGAAAAAGUAAAACGCAAACCAGAUAUCCCAGCCACUAAAAAGGACUCUCAGGUGAAGCCACUGAAGCCCCCAGAGAGAGACAAAUCCCCUAGAACUGAGCCACCACCCAAGAAGCCCAAAGAGGAACCAUCCCAGAAAGUAGAAUCAACAAAGACACAUGGGUCCCAGAGGGAAGCCCCAGCAUCACGCAAAGCACCCACUAAACCAGUGAAACAUCACAAUGAGCUUAAGGCCACAAAAGAAGAGAAAACCAAAGAGAAGCGUGAGCAGACAAGAGAGGCAGCAAAAGUUGAAAAGCCUCCCAACAAAGAAGAGAAGCCCAAGAAGGACAGUGAUGAGAAAGCCAGUAAGACCACAGAAGCAAAACCAGAGAAAAAGAAGAGGAAAGAUGACAAAGAUCCUGAAGUGCCUUCUAUCAAGUCGCCACGAGUUGAGGCAGCAGAAGUACCUAAGCCAUCACCCAAGCCUAAAGUAGAAUCUGAGGCAGAGAAGCACUUAGAAAAGCCUGCUGUCAAGGAAGAGAAAAGCGCUCCUCUGAGGAAAAUCAAAAUCAACCGUGAAAUUGGGAAGAAGAUUGUGGCUGGAGAGAGCUCUGUUCCUGUGGUGGAGAAGAAUCGACCUGAGAAAACAAAACCAAAGUUGCGGAGAAAAAUACAAACUCCUGAUUCCUUGCUUGUAGACUAUACCAGCACGAGUUCAACGGGAGGAAGUCCAGUGAGGAAGCAGGAAGAUAUCAAGAAAACAGUAGUGAAGACUUUGGAGGAAUACAACAAUGACAGUUCUGCACCAGCUGAAAAUGAAAUAGUGAUGAUUAAGGUGCCUCGGUCAAAAUGGGAGAAAGAGGACUACGAAUCAGAAGAAGACGAAGGGAAGGAAACACAGGCGCCAGCGACCAUUAAGCCCACAGCUCCUCCAAAGCCAUCUGGGGACUUCAAAAUUCCUGCCAAGGAUUCUCCUAAACCGUUUAAAGAGCCUGCAGGAGAAGAAUUGGCACCAGAAGCCAAGACUACAAAAGCUGCAGUGGCAGUGAGUGAGAAAGACAAGGCCAAAGACAAGGAAUCAACUGAUAAGAGAAAAGAGAGGGAGAAGAAGCCGGAGCGAACUGCUGAUCAGAGCUCUGGGAAAAAUGGCUCCACUGCCUCUGGCUCUUCUAAAGAAAGAGCUGUGGAAAAGACCGAAACUGCAUCUCGGGUGCCCCAAAAUAAAGAGGGAGCUCCCUCCACCACCUCUGACAAGAAAGCUGAGUCUGCAAUGGCAAGCAAAGAGCAUUCAGGUUCCAAGCGUAAGGAAGACAAGUUGAAGGAGUCCAUAAAGAAAAAAGACUCUCCCUCUGCAGGGUGGGAAUCCCUUCCAAAUUUAAAAAGCAGAGACCGGGACACUCAUUUAGAUCCGCCCAGGAAGACAACAACCACGGAACCUAAGAGGCCAGAACACAGCCCUGUUAGGGACCGGAAGCCACGAACCGAACCCAAAGUUGCACCCAGCUCCAAAAAGCCUGUUUCAGAAGAGCCACGAGCUGACCGGGCUCAUGGAAAGGAUGCACGCACCAGUAGGGAUCACAGUCUCCACAAACCCCACCGGACUGAUUCUCCUGAAGGCAGGUCUGAGCGGGAGCAUGCAAAGAACAAGCAGCCGCUUGUGCGAUCCAGUCGCCUCUCCUCCGAUUUGACCAGGGAGACUGAUGAGGCAGCCUUCGUGCCCGACUACAGUGAAAGUGACAGUGAGAGUGACCUCUCGCCGCACAGUAGCAAGCAUGCAAAAGAGAAGGGGCCGACAGCUGCCCCUGGUGAAAGCCAGGGCCACAGCAGUGCCAGCCCGUCUGACAGCCCAGCACGCAGCCGCAGUAGCAGUGCCAGUUCCGCAGGCAGCCAGGACAGCAAGAAGAAAAAGAAGAAGAAGGACAAGAAGAAACACAAAAAGCACAAGAAACACAAAAAGCACAAGAAGCACACUGGGCUGGAGCCAGAAACAGAAUUGAAAGGUCAAAAACAUAAACACAAGAAGAAGAAGUCGAAAAAAAGCAAAGACAAGGAGAAGGAAGAGCCCAAGGCAAAGGUGCCAGCCUAAAGGGGCGCUGUAAAUAGGGACUGCCCAUUGGCUUGGCUUUUUGUUUUUUUUUGGUUUUUUUAUUGCAUAUCUGUACAGAAGUGUGUGCGCAGAUUGGCGUUGCACUUUUUUUGUUUUUUGUUUUUUAAUUUGAGAGUGCGAAUUUAUUUGAACCCUAAACAGACUUUAAUACAGCUGUGUGAACGCGUGUAUCCAGCUGUGAGCAUUGUGCUGCUGGCCUCUCAGUAUGGAGAGAUGGGACUUAAUUUACUGUGAAUUAAUUUUUCUUUUGUAUCUAAUUUAUCAGCUGAAUGAUGACCCAUCACAAAAACUUUCUAUGUUGUUUUGAUUGUAAUAAAUUUUUUUCAGCAA